AAUGUUACAAUGCACGAUGUUUUUUAGAAUUUACAUUUUAUGGAGAAUAUUUUUUAUUUGUCUACUUUUUAGCAAAAAGCUAUUCCUAAAAAGGUCAGAGUCAUUCCAAGGUUUGUUGAAAAAAACACCUAUAAAUAAAAGCUAUUUUAUCUUUAUUCUUGCACAUUAUUCUAUAGCUUUUGGUGUAAUUAUAAUGUUAUUUUGACGCCAUCACAGAGUUAGCAUUUGAAAAUUUUGUUUUAAUACAUUUAAAUUGUCAUUAAUAAAUGGUAGAAUAUUCCCGGAAGACUGUUUGGGGGAGGAUAGGAAGAGGAUGAAAUGAAUGAACAGUUUUGAAAUAAUCAUGAUAGAAACCUCUGGUGGGCGGUUUACAGUUUUUUAAUUGUUCCUAAGUUAAUUCUGAAGAUGCAGAAGAUGAUACCAAAUCUGUGAUAAAAAUAUCAAAAUAAAUCUAAUAAAUUUACAUAUUUCAGAACUAAAAUGAGCGAAUCUAAAAUUAAUGAGUUUAAAUUAGACCCGUUGCAGCUCAAACAGAAAAAGAUACGAACCAACCUAGAGGAUUUAUCUCGAGAUGAACUAAUUCAGAAAAUAAUAUCUCUAGAGGUUCAUGUUCAACAACUCAGAAAUGUGAUCGCAAAGAACAGUAACUCUGAUCUCCCUGUUGCCCUGAAUGCUGCGAAGAAAGAAAGAAAGUUUGAUUUUUCUAACUAUAAGAGACGACAUGUUUUACUCAAAAUAUGUUAUUUUGGAUGGGACUACCACGGUUUUGCAGUACAGGAGGACUCUGGUAAAACUAUAGAAUCAGAACUUUUCGCAGCUCUACAUAGGACCAAGCUGAUAGAAAGCAGAGAACAGAGUAACUACCAUAGAUGCGGCAGAACAGAUAGAGGAGUGUCAGCUUUUAGUCAAGUUGUAUCCUUGGAUAUAAGAACAAACUUGGCCGAAGGGGAGGGUGUGUAUGCACAAGACAGUUAUACUGGUUCACACACCAAUAUAAAGGAUACAGAGAUAGAUUACUGCCAUAUCUUGAACCGGAAUCUACCUGACAACAUCAAGGUUACAGCCUGGGCUCCAACCAACACCGUCAGCUUUAGUGCAAGAUUUGACUGCCAGAGUAGAACAUACAAAUACUUUUUCCCCCGGGGAUUGUUGGACCUCCAGAGAAUGGAGGACGGAGGUCAAAACCUCGUUGGAUCACAUGACUUCAGAAAUUUUUGCAAGAUGGACGUGAAUAACGGUGUUGUAAGCUACACGCGGCGUGUUGACGCACUAAGUGUGUCCUGCGUCCUUAAAGAGGACAAAGACAAGGACAGCCCCUACGACAUGUGUGUCCUCACAAUAGUUGGUAAAGCGUAUCUAUGGCAUCAAAUCAGACUCAUAGUCUCAGUUCUCUUCCUCAUAGGAGAAGGAAAGGAAGAUCCAAGCGUCGUCAAAGAACUUCUAGAUGUGGAAAAAAAUCCUCAGCGGCCGGCAUACGGCAUGGCCGCCGAUUAUCCUUUAAAUCUGUUCAGCUGUGAUUACGAUGGAGUGGAGUGGAAUUAUGAUCAGUUGUCCCUGGGGUUCGUGCUGAGGACCUUUCAGAAGAUGUGGGUCGAGACUAACGUUAAAUCUCAGAUGAUUCGAAGUUGUCUUGAAGACCUAGAGAAACAUGCUCAAACACCGGUUCAUGCACAAGUUGAUCCUCUUUUUGUGUUCAAGAAAGAGAAGGUAUAUACUCCAUUGUUGAAGAUGCCGAAGUGUCCCAGUCUUGAGGAUAAAAUCGUGACCGUGGCUAAGCGACGUAAACUGGACAUUGAUUAAACAAAGGAUUAUUUUCAGA